GUGAAGAGCAGAAUUUGAAAAAAUGGCGGGACCUCUGGCACUAGUACUGAUCGAACACACGGAGAAGACGACGAUAUCCGCCAUUGGAGACCAGUGGGAGGUCCAGUACGCUCGCUUCUUCAACUAUCCUCACCCUCCUCUCUCCUCUACUCAUCCCUCCCUCACUCCUCUCCGCGCCUCCGCUCGAAGUCGCGUUAAAGGCAACUGGAUCUCAUCGUCUUCGUCUUCCACCGCUUCUCUCGCUCUCACCGCCGACCACACCGGAUCCGGAUCCAUCCUUGCCGUUACUCUCCUCGGUAAAAUCUACGAGGAGCACUACAUUUCGAAGCUGCAUUUCUCCUGGCCUCACGUGUCAUGUGUAGCAGGAUUUCCUACCAGGGGUACCAGAGUUGUUUUCGUUACCUAUAGAGAUGGUCUAGGCCAGUGGUUUGUGUUUCUGUUGGAUGCCAAAUUGCAAUGUGUUCCAACAAUGUCCAAUUUCCAUUGUAUAUUUUUCAUUACACUACUGUCUACUUACAUUGUUCUUCUUUGUUUCCAGAGUCAGAAGUUUGCACUGCGGUUUUCAACGAGCUGUGAAACAGAAACAUUCAUCUAUGCUUUGAAGGAGAUCAUGGGUGGCAGCAGGGAUGCCAGGCUCCCAUGUAGCAGCUAUGUAUCUGGAAUUUCAUCACAAUCCGAGUUUGUUCCUUCUGAUGAAUCCCCAUACAGACCUAAGCAAGACUGGGAUUCUGUGGACGCAUGUACUGAUCAGAUGCAAUCUGGUUUGGACAAUGAAGUUGCUCAAAGCACAAAUUCGCAGGAUACUGAACUCAAUCAUGACGUUGAGUGCAUUUCUGGAACAUCUGCAUUUCCUCCGAGCUUCACAUCACUGGUGAUGAGCUGUUACUCUGAUGUGGAGCAAUCACGUGGCAAGUUUUUAUCUGAAAUUUCUUCACAACCCGAUUGUGUUCCUUCUGAUGAAUCCCCAUACAGCAUUCGCAGACCUAAGCUAGCCUGGAUCUCCGGGGACACUUUUACAGAUCAGAUGCUAUCAAGUUCGAACAAUGAAGUUGCUCAUAACUCAUGCUCCCAUGAUACGAAUCUAAAACGAGAUACUGAUAGCAUUUUGUUUGGAUCAUUGCCUCCUAGCUUCACGUCAUUGGUGAUGAGGUGUCUCCCUGUCGCGGAACAAGAUGGAGCACGGGAACCUGUUUCUGGGGAUAUUGAUCUGAGAAAUCAAAUCGCGAGAUGCUUGGAAGAUUCUUCCUUCCAAGAAAUGCUAGUCAAAGUUGAGAAAGUUAUCGGUCAAAUUGGAGACGACAUGCUGCUGUGACCAUACGUUACUUUCAUGCUGUCAGCUGCCACAUCUAACUCAGAUAUGUUUUGAACUGUAAAUGGUUUGCCGUAAGGUAGUCGAUACGUUUAUGACCGCAACACACAUGAUCAGGGAGGGGCUUGCUUGAUUCAGAAGUACCUACUGUACUUUUUUGCAUCACAACUCAGUACAAACAUGUUUGUUUUCCCUUGUUUGAUUCCGAGAUUAAUUCGGCGAUUAGAGUCUAAGAUGUCUGGCAUUUGUGCGUGCAUUAUGAAGAUGAUACUUGAUUAUGGUGUGACAAUUUGCCCGUUCAGCAUACAAUACAAUGGUAUAACGGGAAUACCGAUUAUAGGCAAAAAUACCAACUUCACAGGCAGUUUUUGUUCAAUGAUUUGUAUUUUCUUU